UGUUUGCUGCGCCUCUCCUGCUUUGUGUUAGCGCGUAAACCCAAGCUCGGCUCACCUUUGCGCACCCCUCAUCUGGAAGGUGCGCCUUAACGAGACACUCAGGCUUACCCUUCUUGGGCUUGAUUAUGGUCACAGCCCCCGCGGUGCCAAGGUGGAGCCGCCGCGCGUUUCUCGGAUCGGUGCGCUACUCCAGGGGCUGGGAUGCGCACCGGGUACCUCCCGUUUCCUGCCGAGCUUUGGGUCUGAGCAGCGGGAGGAGGAGUCCAGCGGCGCCCUGGGGCGCCGAGUCAGGAGGACCCAGUCGACCCGGAGCAGGAUGCCGGUGAUGAGAGGGCUUCUGGCCCCGCAGAACACCUUCCUGGACACCAUCGCCACAAGAUUCGAUGGCACCCACAGCAACUUCGUGCUGGGCAACGCGCAAGUUCAAUCGCUCUACCCCAUUGUGUACUGCUCUGAUGGCUUCUGCGAGCUCACGGGGUACGCACGUGCUGAGCUCAUGCAGAAGAGCUGUGCCUGCCACUUCUUGUAUGGCCCCGAGACCAGUGACCGCUUCACAGCACAGAUCCAAGGAGCCCUGGACGAGCGGCGUGAGUUCAAGUCCGAACUGGUGUUUUACAAGAAAGAAGGCACACAGUUUUGGUGUCUUCUGGACAUUGUACCCAUUAAAAACGAGAAGGGAGAGGUGGUCCUCUUCCUGGUGUCCCAUAAAGACAUCACUGACAAAAAGAAGGACCAGGAUCCGGAACAAGGACCUGACACAGAUGAGGAGACGGGUCUGGAGGUCCAUCAGGUGACCCGGCCCCCCGGCUUCAAUGCCAAUCGCCGCCGCAGUCGAGCCGUCCUCUACCACCUUUCAGGGCACUUGCAGAAGCAAGACAAGAGCAAACUGAAGCUCAACAAUAACAUGUUUGGGGAAAAGCCUCCGAUACCAGAAUAUAAGGUAGCAGCCAUCCAGAAGUCCCGCUUCAUCCUGCUACAUUACGGAACCUUCAAAGCCGGCUGGGACUGGCUGAUCCUGCUGGCCACCUUCUAUGUGGCUGUCACUGUGCCCUACAAUGUGUGCUUCACUGUGGUGGGUGGCCGAGAGGAAGGCAGCACCCCCAGAAGCCCUCCAAGUGUCAGCGAUAUCCUGGUGGAGAUCUUGUUCAUGCUAGACAUCGUCCUGAACUUUCGGACGACCUUUGUGAGCACAUCAGGUCAGGUGGUGUACGACGCCCGCUCUAUCUGCGUUCACUACGUCACCACUUGGCUCUUUGUGGACCUUAUCGCUGCGCUACCCUUUGACCUCCUCUAUGCCUUCAACGUCAGUGUGUAUUUUGGAGUACACCUGUUGAAGACCGUGCGUCUGCUACGCCUCCUGCGGCUGCUGCAGAAGUUGGAGCGUUACUCGCAAUACAGUGCCGUGGUCCUCACGCUGCUCAUGUCCAUGUUUGCUCUGCUGGCCCACUGGAUGGCCUGCGUAUGGUACUUCAUCGGACGAAGGGAGAUUGAGAGUCCUGGAUCCUGGGACAUCGGUUGGCUCCAUGAGUUGGCCAAGCGUUUGGGGACACCUUACUUCCUGUCACCUCUGGCUGCGCACUUCCCCACCUCGUCUGGCGUCCUACCGGCAAACAGCAGCCAAUGGAACAUAUCGGGGUCAGAGUCGCCGGGUCAAGGCCGCUGGAACUGCACCCAGUAUGGAGGGAACAUGUCGGCUGGCGAGGGCGCAUCUGCGGGAGUUCUGGGUGGAGGCCCGUCCAUGCGUAGCAGCUACGUGACAUCGCUGUACUUCGCCCUAAGCAGCCUGACCAGCGUGGGCUUCGGGAACGUGUCGGCCAACACGGACUCAGAGAAGAUCUUCUCUAUCUGCACCAUGUUAAUUGGGGCGCUGAUGCAUGCUGUGGUGUUUGGCAACGUGACCGCCAUCAUCCAGAGGAUGUACUCGCGCCGCUCACUCUACCACACGCGCACUAAGGACCUGAAGGACUUCAUCAGGGUGCAUCGGUUGCCCAAAGCCUUGGAGCAACGCAUGCUGGAGUGUUUCCAGACAACCUGGUCGGUCAACAACGGCAUUGACGUCAGUGAGCUCCUGAAGGACUUCCCUGAUGAGCUACGGGCUGACAUUGCCAUGCACCUAAACAAGGAACUGCUCCAGCUCCCGCUCUUUGAGUCGGCCAGCAGGGGCUGCCUACGCUCGCUCUCGCUCAUCAUCAAAACGUCUUUCUGCGCCCCCGGCGAGUUCCUCAUCCGGCAAGGUGACGCCCUGCAGGCCAUCUACUUUGUCUGUUCAGGUUCCAUGGAGGUCCUGAAAGACAACACCGUACUCGCCAUACUGGGGAAAGGAGAUCUGAUCGGCUCUGACUCGCUGACAAAGGAGCAAGUGAUCAAGACCAAUGCCAACGUCAAGGCACUGACCUACUGCGACCUGCAGUACAUCAGCCUGAAAGGCCUCCGAGAGGUGUUGCGACUGUACCCGGAGUACGCUCAGAAGUUCAUCAGCGAGAUCCAACAUGAUCUCACCUACAACCUGCGUGAGGGCCAUGGCUCAGAUGCCGACUGGGAGAGUAACGGCGGGCUGGUGAAGAAGCUGCCCUCCAUCCGGGAGGAUGAGGAAGGAAGCGAUGAGGAGCAGAACUUGGUGUCCCGAGCACCCCGCUCACCUCUGCGCCUCAGCCGGGGCCUUAACUCGCCACUGCGUUCCCCGCUGCUGCCGCCCAGGCCCUUCCGCGCCCCUGCUGAGCAGUCCCGCCCCAUCACCUUACAGAUACCAGUGGUCAGCUUUCCAAGUGCACCCGCCGAGCUCAGCCCCAGGUUUGUGGAUGGCAUUGAAACAGAGAACAAUUCCAUAUCAUCCCAGAAGUUUGAGUUCAGUCCCAGCAUGUCACCUGCAGCCCCGCCUUCCCCGUAUCCAGGCAGUCGAGAGUCGUCUGAGAUCAAGCAGAGUGUGUACAAGUUGACAGAGGAGAUGAACAGCCUCUCCAGGCAGGUGUCCAAGCUCAGCCAGGAGCUUCAAGAAAUGACGCAUCUGCUCAAGCCACUUCUCCUCAGAGGGCCACCGCAACAGCCACUCUUGCCAAAUUUGACCCCGCCUCGCAGCAGCAGCACCAGCCGGCUGUCGGCAAGCGCAGGCCCGACGGUGCCCACCCCCGUCACGUCGUGCUCCCUCCUGAGACCGGACACUCAUUCCCUGUUGGAUGGUGCAGACGCGGAGGGGGUUGACCUGCCGCAAUGCCUUCUCCCGACUUCUCAUUCACCACAACGGCCUAACCCCUCGCCACCCCCGUGCAACAAUCUUCCCUUGGCAAAGGAAGGACUUUUUGAGGGGUCCCCAAUUUUGGCCUCCUCCAGUUUCUGUAUGUCCUCACUGCAGGAUCAUCCCCCGCUGGCAUCUGUCACUCCAUCACCGUCCCUCUCCUUCUCCAUGUCCCUCUCCUCUUCGUCCCUCUCUUCCUGCCACCCGUCCCGAAAAGCCACUUGUGUCAGUCGCAGAAGCCUCCUCCCCCCGCCUCCCUCCCAGGACACACCUCCUCCGCCGUGGCCCCCGCACUCCUCCGCGCCAGCGUCUCUUGCAUCCUCACCCGGGGACCACCAUUUGAGACCGUCCCUGUCCGUCCCGCUGGUGUCCCCCGUGGGUACCACUGGGACCUCCCUCUUCUCCCUGCCUUCAUCUCUGGACUCACAGGGCACAAAACCCGAAGAAGGCUACCUGGCUUGGGCUUCUAACUCACAUGUUUGCCGACAGACCGGGCCGGGCGACAGUGUGCUCCAGGAGAUUGAAAUGCAGGAACGGCGGGUUAAGGCGGGUGAGGGGGUGGCAUCCUCGGAGCACAUCAGUUUCAUCGAUGAUGAUGAGCCAGCUGGAUGAGAGGUACCAGAAGAGAAAAAAAAUGGGAUCAAAGGAGGUAAGAUCAGGGAAAGGAGGAGCACCAGUCUUCAGCGGUCAACCGAUGGAGCUACAACAGCACAACUUUUGUUUUAUGGGGUGUCGAAACUACAGCAUAUUUUGCGUAAAAAUAAUAAUUGACAUGACCCACAUCAUUUGCCUGCAGUGUACUUCUUACUUUCUACACUGGGUAGCAAGGAAGGAAAUGAGAAGAGAAGAAGAAUACAUUUGUUCUCAUCUCGCACUUCCUCAUGGUGAUUGUUUGCUACUCUUUCUGAUCAAAGUCGAGGUCGUUUGAGCUCAGCUUGCUCUGGUUUAGGUUCUGAACCGCUGCUCAGUGCAGGGACAGGUCUGUUCGAGUAGUAUACAAAGCUAUCAGCCACCCAAAAAAUCCAAAAGAUUGCAUGUAUUUUUGCUCCAUCACCAUUGCCAGGCUUUAAGAAAAUAUUAAUAUACAGUCAUACAGUCUAUAGAAAGUGCAGUGGAAAAGUAUUUGCGCCCGUCUCUAACUUUUGGGGGAAAUAAUUUUCCCAAUUUAAGGAUCAUCAAACAAAGGAACAAGCAAAUGUGAAUAUGAAAGACAACCCAAGUAAACAUUAAAUGCAAUUUUCAAGUGAUGAUUUUAUUAUUAAAGUGAGGAUGAGAUGCCCUCCUAAAUCACUCAACAAAUUAUGAUAUCAGAUAUUUGGCUAUUCAUUCGUCGAGUCUAAUGAUGAUGAUAACAAAAUGGCAGUCUAUGCAUUCAAAAAAAUGCCAUGUUGUGACAAGAGUGGUUGGAUGCGUUCGCCACGGCUAGCAAUGGCCAUCGCUUGUAAACAAUUAUGGACGACCGCCAAGAAGAUCUUAAAAAAUCAGUUAUUAUUUAUGUUCAAAUUGAAACAAAACAUGGUACUGGCAGCUAGAUGAUGAUGAUGAUGAUGAUGAUACUGUAUUAUCUUUUAGCCA